AUGAAGGACAGCACAGCAGAGACAAGUGGAGUGAAGGAGGGGGAGUCACACACACUGGGACAAGAACAUGACUUGAAGAUGAGCUGUCCUCAGACUGAGUUAGAAGAGAAGGACUGUCCUCCUCCGGAGGAAUUAGAGUGUCAAAUCUGUUACCAGCGUUACAAUGUCCACAACCGGAAGCCUAAGAUCCUGGACUGCCUACACCGGGUCUGCGCCCGCUGCCUCAUUAAGAUCCUGGACAUUGCAGACAGUGCAGGCUGCAUCUCCUGUCCCUUUUGCAGACACCAAACUGAGAUCACAGAGUUUGAGGUUUCAGCGUUGCCUGACGAUGUUAACAUCAUGUCCCACUUGGCAAUGCGGGAUAAAUCAUGGAGCUCUGACCAGAACAGAGAGGUGGUCCUGACCCCAAAGAGUUUUUCCUCCUCCAGCCCAUCUCAUGACUCCUCCAACUGCCUGGUCAUCACUAUAAUGGAGGUGCAGAGGGACUCACAGCACUCCCCGAGCCAAAAUGGCAGCUCUGACGUUUAUGCUGAGCAGAGCCUGGACUCAGUAUCGAUAGGCUCCAAUGGGCCAGCGGAUCAAGACGCCCUGUCCAAGUUCUGUAAUCAUGUCCCACGCAUUCUGGUCUGGCUGCUGGGCUUCUUAUACUUUGGCUCACUGCCUCUAGGAAUCUACUUGUUGGUGGUUCAGAGAGUGACUCUGGGUAUUGUAUGUGUUAGCUUAGUGCCAUCAAGCCUGACAGUUUGCCUGGUCUAUGGAUUCUGCCAGUGCCUAUGUCAGGGCAUGUGUGACUGCUCCUCAAGAGGCUGACAGGAUGGUAGCUGAAAAUUGGUGGUCCUAGGACAGGGAUGAAGACAGCUGCAGAAAAUAGGUAAUAAAAAGCCCAAAGGUGUCUCUUCCUGCACAGGCUUAGCAAGCCUAGCAGUCAGUUACCGUGAUACAAAUAAAGGGCCAGUGAGGAAAAAUAAGACCACCUUCAGUGACUGUACUUUCUAAGACCUACUGCUGCAACUCAGAUACCAGCUUGGUCAAGAGGAACAGAACCACUUAUGAGCUCCACAUUUUUGUGAUGUACUCCUGUGACCUUUACAUGUUCUGUGUGCUGUGUAUGACCUAGUCUAGCAUAACAUUGGAGAGCAGACUUUUAAUCUUGGGACUUAUCUAACA